AUGGCUCCGGUGUCGUGCUGCGGCAUCUGGCCUCGGUCGCGUCGAGAAGACAACUCGAGCCACCCCGUGAGGGAUACAGAUUCGGAGCCACAGCAUACGUCGCACGUUAGGCUUGUCAUAAUUCGGCCACAAUCUGCGCGCUCAGUUAGCGUACCUCGUUCACAUGCAUCCAUACCGUCACCGCCCCCUGUAUGUGGGACAGAAGAUCCGGGCAACGUCACACUGAAUUCGGUCGAGAACAGCCCCGGGCAGCCGACGACACAGAUGACCGAUGAUGCUAAUGCCCGGCCAGACCUCUGGGAGAAGGCAAAAGCCACACUUUCAGGCGAGGACCGGGCAUGGGUUAACGAGACGGUCGGCACUUCCUUGACACCUGUACAUGAUAUAGUUGACAAGAUGAUCAUCUUAGCUACAGAAAAGCAGCGAGAGUGCGAAACGAGUGGAUGGAAAACAGUUCGUCUUGGUAAUCAUACGAUUGCGCUUGAGGAGGUUACUAGCAACAUUAUCAUCUGGCUGAACAAAUUCAAAGAAGUCGGGGAUACUCUUGUUCAGUAUGAUCCCGUACACGCCGCUUUGCCCUGGGCUGCCGUGCGGUUCAUUCUUCAGGCCGCUAUCUCGACCAAGGAGCGAAUGGCCGCAUCUCUCGCCGUGCUUGAAAAGGCUACUCGCAUCAUCCAUAGAUGCCAGGUAUUCGAGGAGGUAUACAAUCGCACGAAUGUGGACCAUGUCGUUGUCAAAGAUCUCGAGUCAAGCUUAGUCCAACUCUAUGGUCGUGUUCUCCACGGGUUGAUCAAAGCCCACCAGUUUCUCUCUAGAAGUACCCCACUCAAAGUUAUAUCUGUUGUCUUUCAGCCUGCUGCAGGCUCUGAUCUCCUUGCGAGUCUGGAAUCUGGCGAGGCCCAGGUCGACCAAGCAGUCAUUGCUUGUGAGAGUCAUCGCAAGGCUAAGAAUGAUGCAAGAUUUGAGAGCCAGCUGAACGGUCUAUUGAAGCUCAACGUUCCUGUCCUUCGCAUUGACAAAAAUAUUGAGAAAGUGCUUCAGCAGCUGGAGUCGGAAAAGUUAACCCGCAUCUUAACGUGGAUUUCACCCAUUAAAUUUCAGCUGCAUCACAACAUAGUCAGCGAGUUGAGAACAAAAGGUACAUGUGACUGGCUGCUUCAGUGCUCCAAAUUCGGUCAAUGGAGUAGUGCGACGUCGUCGAUGACACUAUGGCUUCAAGGUUUUCCUGGCUCUGGGAAAACCUUUCUUACAUCUAGGGUUAUUGAAGAAAUUGAAACAACUCUUGGCGGGAAAGACAAUGAUGAAUGCUUCGCAUUCUUUUAUUGUAACCGGAACGAAGAAAACCGUCGACAUGCCCUUGAUGUUCUUAGGAGCUAUGUCAGACAGCUGUCAACGACUUCUCACAAACCGGGUUUCAUUUACCUUGAGUUGGAGCAGCUCCAUCAUAAGUGCGAGUCGCGAGGGUCUGGGUGGACACUCGGGUUAUGCAAGGAAUAUCUGAUCAAACUCUUGAAUCUAUACCCCCGUGCGACACUCGUCCUGGACGCACUAGACGAGUGCUGGCCUGAAGAACGAGCGGAUCUGCUCGAUUUCUUCGAUUCCAUCCCAAGCAAGUCCUCAAAACCCGUAAGGAUAUUUAUUUCAAGUCGACCCGAAAGCGACCUGCGACAGCGGUUGAUUCACCUCCCCAACAUUGGCAUUGAAGCAACUGACAAUGGAGAUGACAUCGCCAAAUUCGUGAGAACAAGUAUCGAACGAAAUGGGAACUGGAGUAGAGUGCUGCGACAGAAUGAGCACCUGAAAGAUGAUAUCGUACAAACUUUGUUGACGCAGAGUAAUGGGAUGUUCCAGUGGGCCAUGUUACAGAUCAAGCAGCUCCUCAAUCUAGGGACGGAAGGCGAAAUACGCAGCCGUUUAGGUAAAUUGCCAAAAAGUCUCAAGGCGGCCUAUGAUGAAAUAUUCGAAAAUAUCGAGUGCUUGGAAGCUGACGCUAGAACAAUGUCGUUCGCUGCCUUCCGGUGGGUCAUGUGCGCGUAUGAACCCCUGACAAGUGAAGCACUUCUGGCAGCUAUCAAUAUAAACCCAGAAAAGGAAACCGUCGGAUCUGUUGAAACUGCCGAUGACGACCUACUUGGUUGGACUGGUCAUCUACUGCGGAUCGACACCCAGCACAAUCCGCCUGCGUGGCGAGUCUCGCAUCUGUCGGUUGUUGAGUAUCUCGAAACUCACUGGACAAUACUAGAAGCCCAUUGUUAUGUCGCAAAAGCUAGUUUGGUGCUACUGCGAGAAACAUUCAGAGACGAGGCUGAGCAGCAGCUGAGUACCUCACUCGAGAUAUUUCAUCCGGGCUAUGAACUUCAAGAAUAUAUUCAGUUCAAUUGGAUUCGGCACGUGCAAACCCAAGAAGAUCAAGACAUUGAUCCUAAACUUGCUUAUCUUCUCAAAGCGUUUCUCGGGUCUCUGGAGGAGUCGAGCGUUCACUACCGCGGAUGGCGUCGGCGAAUUAUUUCUGAAACAAUAAUAGAAGAUCAGAAGGUUAUUCAUAGAAUCUCCUUGAUAGAUAUCCUAAUGUCCUUCUCUAGGAGCUCUACGACCCCUCUAGCAUGCUGCUUUUCGCUCUACAAUCUCAUACGCGAUUGGUGGGACAACACAUCACUAGAGUCAUUGCCAAAAAGGAUUGAAGACGGCGAUAACCUUCUCACUAUAGCUGCUGCCGCGGGCUCUAAGCCAAUUUGUCUCAGACUGUGCGAAUUGGGGAUGCCAGUCAACACGGCGUGCGAGAGCGAGACAAGCCCGCUUUCCGCUGCGGCGCGGAAUGGACACGCCGACAUCGUGCGAUUUCUUGUCGACAAAGGAGCAGAUAUCCAUCGACCGCUUCAAGAUGAUUAUCGCAGCGUGCUUGAGGUUGCUAUAAGUAGAGGCCAUAUUGACAUUGUGCGAUUUCUUGUUGACAAAGGAGCAAAUAUCAAUCAGCCGCUCCAAGCACAUUAUUGCAGUGCCCUUGCAGCUGCUGCAGAACGCGGCCAAAUUGACAUGGUACGAUAUCUAGUUGAUAAAGAGGCAAAUAUCAAUCAACUGCUAAAUGGAUAUUUUUAUAACAGCGCUCUUGCGGCUGCUGCACACUACGGCCAUCUAGAUGUGGUGCGAUUUCUUGUUGGUAGAGGGGCAUUUGUUAAUAUGCCAAGCCAGACCAGGGUCGAUACUAGCGCCCUUUACGUUGCGGCAAAAUGGGGGUACUUGGAGGUUGUACAGUUCCUUGUCGACAAAGGGGCAAUUCUUAAUGUGCCGCGCCAGGGCGGGGGCGACAUCUGUUUGGCGCUUGGUGCCGCAAGACGAGAACGACGUCAUAGCGUUGUAGCAUUUCUCAUUAGUAAAGGGGCAAUAGAAUGA